AUGGUCGUCUUCAUUUGGAGAAAGAAAGUAGUCCGACGCAAGAACUUUCCCAUCCACCUUCUGCGUGUUUAUACACUCAAGAAGUCAGGAGUUGGAGUUCGAGAUCGGCUGACUGAGCACGAUGUCCCUGUACCGCCCGUACGCUCUACUGGUAGUGACGUGCCUGCUGCCGUGGAUGUUGUUGUGUGCCGUGCGGAACAAAUCACCCCCAACCCUCCCAACACCACCGCCACAACCCUACAAACAACCCCCUGGCAGGUCCUCCACGGCUGGUGUCCAUGGGUCCUCCACGGCUGGUGUCCAUGGGUGAGUAACACAGAACUAACUAAGAUGUUGUUGUGUGCCGUGUGGAACAAAUCACCCCCAACCCUCCCAACACCACCGCCACAACCCUACAAGCAACCCCCUGGCAGGUCCUCCACGGCUGGUGUCCAUGGGAAGGGUCCGCCUAUCCAGCUCCACCUUGCGGUCGCCUACUCAGUCCAGCACGAGUCCGUUGUGUCCCGCGCGGUCAACCGCACUCUCGCCUCUCUCUCCCCGGAACUGACGGCCGCUGGACUCACUCUGGCCACACUCUAUCAUCCUCUACCCCCCGGGUUCUCGCCUCCCAUGCUGGGCGAGCUGGCCGCAGCCUGGGCCAGACCGAGAGUCGUCGUCGGAGUCCUCGUCUUCGCCCCGGAGGUCCAAGGGAUGACUGCGGCCCUCGCUGCCGCCGCGGCGGGCAUUCCUGUAGUGUGGGCGACCAGUGAGGUCAACUAUGGCUACCUGGAGAGGGAGUCCCUGGGCCCGCUGGAGGUUCGCCUGGACGCCGGAGUCCAAGAUCUCUUCCGAGGUUUGAGGUCCCUCAUGCUGGCCACCCAUUGGCACACCUUCACCCUCAUUUAUACAGGACUACCCCUCCGUAAGGACGUGGCUGACGUCAUUUCCACCCCUCCUCUCCAGCCCAAGUUCAUACCACUACGGCCCGACGCAGCUCGGCAAGCAAUAUUCAGGAUGUUGUCGGACGUAUCCCACCUAACCAAGGGAGUGGUGGUGAUGAUGAGCGACAGUGCUGCUGCCAAGCGGGUGAUGGACGAAGCCAAGAGACUGCACAUGGUCCAGGGCAACUUUGUUUGGCUGUGGAUCGACACUGGGUCAUCUCUUACCGCCAGGAACGAAUCAAAGCUGAACAUUUUCUACCCCUUGGACGACCGAAUCAAAGACAGAAGAGCGCGCGAGAGUGGAGACCACCACGACACAUCCUCCAGUGAAGACUACUUCAACAACCUCAUCAAACAGCUGGGUUCCGCCAACUCCACAAACUCUACAAGUGAUAUGGGUAGAGAACUAAAUACGCGAACGAACGAAACGGGUCUUGUUAAUAACUCAAAUAUAAACAAUAACGAAAUAAAUCUCGAUAACCGCACUGAAGUAAACGAUAAUAUAAAUAAAUUAGAUAGGGUAAGCGAAAGUAGCCUUAGUUCGAAGAAUACGUCUGUGUCGCACGAUUAUAUUUGGAUAUCGAAUGAGAGAGUUACGGUAUUCUCCAAGGACAAAACGUCUGAAUCUUUUCCGUUGCACGUGUUUGAAAACUCAACCGCGUCGGAUUCAUUUAACACUACUGCAAGCAAUAAUAGUGAUAGAACACUAAGGGUGAGGCGGUCGGCUAAAGAGCUUGAUAUGGUGCCUCCUCUACCCGUAGGAGUUCUGGGCGUUCGCGCGUUGCCGCUGCGGUUCGACCGCCAUCUUGUGCGGAGUGCUGUGCGGUUAGUCGCGGACGCGUUGAGACGUGCUUUACACCGGAAGUGCCACGUGGACGCACAGGAAGGACGGCAGACGCCAUCUUGUCGGGACCCAUCGCCCAGUUGGCAGAAGGACUUUUCACAAUACUUAGUCAGAGAGCUCAGAACCGAGCCUGAACAAGUGAACGCCAGCUCAGAGAAAACAGAUCGAGUUUUGGCUCCCAGGUUCCAAAUUUUGAAUUUAGUCCCAGAUUCUCCCCAGGUGGUUCAGGAGGAUUUCGAAAUGCGGGUAGUGCAGGAGUCUACAACGUGGCGGCCCGUGGGAGACAUCGUGGGACAGAACGUUCACCUGGACACCGUCGUCUGGCCAGGGGGGGACCUCGUUCCUGUCUCCACCUCCCGCGGAGUUCGCAGUGUCUUCCGCGUCGUCACCUCCCUGGCACCCCCCUUCGUCAUGGAGGGCGAGCUGGACGAGGAUGGCCAGUGUCUCCGGGGGUUGGAGUGUCAUCGACUCCUCACCUCGGACAAGGACAAUCUCACCCUCGUCUUCAACGAGAUGGAACGAAUGGAGGACGCCGAAGAGGACGAACUUCCGGAGAGAGACGUUUGGGCAAUGGGAUCGAUCUUUCAAAACUCAAGGUACAAGUACAGGACCAACUGCUGCUACGGGCUGAGCAUGGACCUUCUGGAGAACGUCGCCCAAGAGCUGGAGUUUGACUUCCACCUGUACAUCGUGGCGGACGAGGCCUACGGGUCGAGGGUGGUCCAGAGUGAUGGUGAGGUCAAGUGGAACGGCAUCGUCGGCGACCUAGUCUCGGGGGCGGCCCACAUGUCAUUCUCAGCCCUCAGCGUUAGUAGCCCGAGGUCCCAAGUAAUAGACUUCUCAGUGCCCUACUUCUUCAGUGGUGUGUCGUUCCUCGCAGCACCCCGGCAGCGCACAGAUAUUCCUCUGUUGGCAUUCCUACUUCCAUUCUCUCCCGAGCUAUGGAUUGCCAUCUUCACAUCCCUCAACGUCACCGCGGUUGCCGUUGCUAUCUACGAGUGGCUCAGCCCCUUCGGCCUCAACCCCUGGGGUCGCCAGCGCAGCAAGAAUUUCAGCAUGUCGUCCGCCCUGUGGGUUUGCUGGGGUCUGCUGUGUGGACAUCUCGUGGCCUUCAAAGCUCCCAAGUCAUGGCCCAACAAGUUCCUCAUCAACGUUUGGGGAGGAUUCUCUGUCAUCUUUGUGGCCUCUUACACUGCCAACAUUGCUGCCCUCAUCGCUGGACUCUUCUUCCACAACGCCGUCGGGGACUACCACGACCGGAGUCUUCUCUCGCAGAGAGUAGGCACUCCGAGAGCAUCUGCUGCGGACUACUACGUACACAGAGCUAAUCAGGUGUUGUGGGAACAUAUGCAGAGGUAUUCUGUCAAAGAUGUUGCCACGGGAGUGCAGCACCUCAAAAACGGUUCAUUAGACAUUCUGAUAGCGGACACCCCAAUCUUGGACUAUUACCGAGCAACCGACCACGGGUGUAAACUUCAGAAAAUUGGUGAUGCAAUCAACGAAGACACCUACGCUGUAGGCAUGACCAAAGGCUUUCCUCUUAAAGACAGCAUUUCUGCUGUGAUAGCCAAGUAUUCCAGCAAUGGCUAUAUGGAUAUUCUGCAGGAGAAGUGGUACGGAGGCUUGCCGUGCUUCAAACUGGCGACUGACAUGGCUCAACCUCGGCCAUUGGGGGUUGCUGCUGUCACGGGUGUGUUCCUGCUCCUAGGGAUGGGUAUGGUAGUGGGGUGCCUUAUACUGCUCAUUGAACAUUUAUUCUACCGCUACACCCUGCCUAUUCUGAGACAUAAGCCCAAGGGGACCAUCUGGAGGAGUAGAAAUAUCAUGUUUUUCAGCCAGAAACUGUACCGCUUCAUCAACUGCGUAGAACUCGUCUCCCCCCACCACGCAGCGCGGGAGCUUGUACACACUCUACGGCAAGGGCAGAUCACCAGCCUCUUCCAAAAAAGUGUAAAAAGGAAGGAACACGAGCAAAGACGCAGAAGAAGGAGUAAAGCACAAUUUUUUGAAAUGAUACAAGAAAUUAGAAGAGUACAACAAGAAGAGAAAGUAGUAAACGCAACAGUUCCAAUGUUGACUUUACCGGAGGAGAAAAGUCCAAAAGUCAAGAAGCACACUCCAGAACAAAGAAGACAUUCUAGGCUCAACUUGGUGAGACGUCUAAGUAAAGACGUGUUCAGAUCUAAGAGCUCGAGUAACUUGAGCAUCCGUCGGCUUAGUUCCGAUAUCAACAUGGCGGCGGGCAGGUUCCUCGACUGCCACAGCUCGCAGGCGAUUGGUCGACGGCUGAGCAGGGAUACCAACCUGAGUCCGCCUGAUAUCAACUCUCGCCGGGCCAGUCACCUGUCUAUCAAUCGCAAGCCUUCGUCUCAGUUUCUGAGUCCUUCGGAUGCAGAGAGUUCGUCAGACGUCAGCAUGACUCCUAGGAGUCCGAACUUGAUCAAUACGCAGUCAACCUCGAUGCGGUUGCUGCAAACACUGCCAAAGUCGCCCGACUAUGCCUCAGCCGCCUCCCGCUUCCGAUACGUCGACAUCAAAUCUCCGUCCUUCAAGACAAAACUGUCUCGCUUCAAAGAACCUCAGGAAGAAACUCCCAAGGUGGUUAUUCACUGUGACACUGAAAUUCCCACAACAUCAACCGCUCCCCCCACUCCUCCCCCUCGCACUACUUCCGCUUCGACUGCCUCUCAGGAACAUCUCAUAGAGAUUAUCAUCCCCCCGGAUAACACGCCUGUGGCCUCUGACAGACUGACCUCGGGUGAGACACUACAACCUUCCAGAAGUCUAACCGGACUGAGUGUUCUGGAGCAGAUUUCCUCCCUGGAGCAGACGCCGAGACCUCCCACAGCUCCCAAGCCCAAGAUCGUCUCCUACCUACCGAAGAAACACAGGAAACUGAGCACGGAAGCGGGACAAAGAAAAGUUAACAGCAAACCCAGAAAAAGAGCGAGUUCAGACUCGAUCUUGCGAGCAGAGGAACCUAAUCCAGAGACUCGUGACAUGAGUGUCGUAGAGAACUGCGAUGUGUUCCUUCCCGAGACAACACCGCUUAGUCGUCUGUCACGGGCCGAACUGAUGACUCUGUCGCAGAUACCCGAACACGAGCUCAAACGGAAACUCAUGGAGGCCAUUGAGAACAGAGAUCCCACCUGAGGAAGAAUCUCACAGACUGUUUAUGUGUACGUAACUCGUGUGCGUAACUCGCCUACGCAGCGAGCGAUAGCAAGCAGGGGCCUCUUAUGAUGACACCAACGAUGUUUAUAAGUUGCGCGAACUGGUGGAAUUGUUCCACUUUGCCAUGUAUAGAGUUUUAACAUUAAUAUAGCGCUCAUUCACUAAUAUCUGUUAUGGAGCGAAGGCAAUUGUUCUCUUUCUUUGAUAUUUUUACUCAUGUGAUUUUAUGGUAAGCAAUAUUUUUGUAGACCAAUGGAGUGGGUUACUGUGUACCCAUGAAACAGCUAAGGAAUCUGGCAUUUGGUUCUUUCCCAGCCAAAACAAACUUCCAAUUAUUAUGUUUGUAAAAAAAUCUGCUUGUUUUAAUUUUAUAGUCAAUUGAAAUACUCAUUUAUAUCAUUUAAAAACAGUUUGUUGUAGGGUUUCCAAAUAUUGGACCUAUACAAAACCGAGUGGUAAUAUUGUUGAACUGGCCUCAAGCUGACACUUAAAUUAAGAAAUUUAUUUUAUUAAGUGACUUUACAAAAUUAAGAGUUUUAUAAACUGAAAAUUUGGAAACCCUUUCAGAUGUAACUUUUACCAAAACAUCAAAGUGAGGUUCAAACUAAUCUUAUAUGAAGAAAACUCUUAUUUAAACUUCUGUGGUUUCAGUGUUUUGUCCCACAGUCAUCUAGUUACUAAGAGCAUCAAAUGAUUCACUUAAAUGAAAAGAAUCUAAUUUAUAGACGUUACCAGAACUCUGCCAGCUAUCCAAACUCACUGUAUAGUAUAUACUACCCAGUGGUAAUCUAGUAGUUAGGUUUAGACCAUACGGAUAGUGAGAUACUAAGCGCGACUCCAAUGCAUGUAUGUUUUCUAAAGUAUCAAAUUAAGUGAC